AUGAAGUACACCGUCGCCGCCCUCGCCUCUCUGGCCACCAUGGUCUCUGCCCACGGCAACAUCACCUCGCCUCUCGGUCGCAUCGCUGGUGCUGCCAUGGCUGCUGCCUGUGGGCAGGCCGCGGUUGAUGCCGUCAACAUUGAUGGCACCAUCCCUCUCGAGAACAUCCAGCCUGCGACUGCCGACUGCAAUCUCUUCCUCUGCCGUGGUGCCACGUUCGAUGACAACGUCGACCGUGUGCAAACCUUUACCGCUGGCCAAGUCGUCGAUUUCACCGCCAUCUUGCCCAUUCCCCACGAAGGUCCCUGCAACGUGUCCGUCGUCGACACCACCACCAACUCUGUUAUCGGUGACCCUCUGAUCGAGUUCGAGAGCUACGCCGACGAGGCCCUAGCCCAGCUCCCCGCCAACAACACCGCCUUCAGCGUCACCAUUCCCCAGCUCGCCGCCGGACAGUGCGCCGUUGCUGGCCAGUGCGUCCUCCAAUGGUUCUGGUUCGGUACUGGUGCCCAGCAGACUUAUGAGAGCUGCAUCGACUUCGUCGUUGCUUAA